CUUUUACUUAACUUUAAAAAUAUGUGCAAAUGACAAGCACAACCCGGUGUCGUAUUGAAGGCAUCGACAUCAUACCAUUUUCUUUUAGCCACAGCGAAAAAGCUGGCAACAAAUUGGCCGUAAUGCAAGCAGCAACCAAACCAGCAAGCAGCUGAAGUCAGUCAGCAGCAAGAGCUCACACGAAAUUUUAGUUUAUUUCCAGUCGUUGCCUCAUAAAUAUUGAGCGGAAAAUUUGUAAUUGUGAAAGACACGUGUGGUCGGACGCAAGUGGAAAGUGAAUGAGAAAAACUUCAAAAAAGUCAACAACGCGGCAUUUGUGAAUACGUUUGAUGCACGCAACUAAAGAUUUAAGGUAAAACGUGAAAUAACGUCUAUGCAGUAAUUACUAUGCGCUAACACGAAUACUUUUCGGUGUGAAAAAGUGAAGAGAAAAUAAAAAAAAAUAGUCUAAAUAAUUAGUUUAAUAGUGUAUGGAUUGGUAGAGUGCCGUAUACGCCACAAUUACAUUUGGGCGAAAUUUUCUUUUAUUACAUUGUAGCGAACGAGAGCAAUAGUGAGUCGGGAUUUCCGCGGUACACUUUGGAUAUCGAUACAUUUCUUUCGCACAGUUUGUGGCGCGUUAAACGUUUGCGAAAGCACGGGCGUUGUGCUGUGCUAGAAAGAGAAAAAUUAUUGAACAGCACAGAGCACUUAUGCAAUGAGAGACUUUUCAUGAAUUUAGAGGCAAAAGUUUUUGUGUCAGUUUAAUAUAUGCAAAUUGUUCAAGCAUUUGGCCUAAAGUGCUUUUGUUGUACGCCAUAUAAAACGUAAUUGAGAAGCGGUGCAAAGAUACUUUUGAAAGCCAUCAAAGCCUACUAAACGAUGCUGUUGGUUGUUUAAUUUUGGAUUUAAUUUGUAAUUUGACCUUCGCUAAUGCCCAGCAGUGAAUCCUGGGCUCUGGGCAGCACGUGAAGGAAGUAAAAGGUGCUAGCAAGGAAAGGUGUUUUGUGCUUUUGUUGUAAAAGUGUUGGGUAUGAGUGCGCAGAGACUUGAAGAUUUUGUACUAUAACACCGUACGGUCCACCCACUCGUUGGCAGAUGAAAUAAGCGGAAAGCGGCGGCUUUUAAAAGCUAAGCGGCGCAAAGUAAUCACAAAAUCACUGCGGCUGUAGAUACAGCAAGAGAGAGCUACGGCAUACCGCACAGUCUACAUUUUGUCCAUAAUCACUGUGGACGACGGAAGCGGAAGCUGAUUUCAAGCGAAAGAAACGUAGUCAUCUAACGGAAGUUACAGCAAAAGAAGAAAAGACAAGAAAAAUAAACAGUGUAGUGAGUGAGUAAAAAAUACAGAAGACGACCAGUAGCUUUACAAUUUGAAAAACAAGUGAACAAUUCUUAAGCUGAUUUUUUAGCAUUAAAACUGGCGUAAGCUAGCACGCCCAAAAGUAGGCAACAAAUGCAUAGCAACCCAAGUGCCGAACGAGCAACGUUGAUGUGUAAUAAAGUGUAUGCCAUUCUAGCGUGAAAUUUAAUUAAAAUGCAAAUAACACAAAAGUGAAGUGAAGCGCAGCGAAAGAAGAGAUAAAGAGAAGAAAGAGGAAGUUUAAAAAUUGAAGAAUAAAUAAAGUGACUUAAAAGUGUGCAUCGGGCGCCUAAGUAGCCUGACAAGCAAGCAGCAGGCGGUGAACGGCAAGACUCUUCAAGUGUACUAUUGUGAAUUGAAGUCGACGCUUGAUUACUAAAGCGUGACCUAAAAAAUUUGAAAAAAAAAACCAAAAAAUAAAAAACAAAGCAACCAAACGCAACUGAUAACUGAGUGAAGAGAAUUGGCGAAGCGCAAAGUUUAGUCGUUUAAGCGGACGCAAGCGACAACACACCGACAUUCCAACGGUCAAUGUAAUUGAAUCAAAACGUCAAUGACAAGUGCACAGUUGCGCUACAAAAAAGUGAAGAAGAAGAAAAAGUAAAAAAAAAAACUGUUUAGGAACGGCCGACGAAAAGCUGAGUGUAGCAACAAAAGUUGAGCAAAGUGAAAAAGUGUAGAAAAAGUGCCUAAAACUUGACUACAAAAAUGUGACGUUUUGGGAGCAUAUAAAACCUGUAAAAAAUAAAACUAAAAGAAAGGAAAAACAAACAAUUAAGUUUUAUGUUUAAUAGUCGUCAUUCUACUUAAGCAUAGCAGUUCUGGCAAUUUACCCGUACAACAACUUUGCGCAAAGCGAAGUGAAUUUGCAAAUUAAAUAUUGAGUCCGGAAGUAUGCAGUGAAGAGCACCGUAACAAGUGAAAAAAGACACAAGCAACAAAAACAGUUUCUGAAAGUGAAUUCAAUCUGAACUAUGGAAACGCGCAGCAAGGACGCUUGUCAAACGGCUGCUGCCGAUUCCACAACAGCAAUUAGUGUGUUGUCUGCAAGUCAGAACAGUGAAAAUUGUAGUGCCAACUCUAUUGGUAUACAACAACCACAACAACAACAACAACGACAACAAACCGGCGUCAUCAAUGCGCCACCACCGCCACAGCAACAACAACAGGUGAGCAGCACAAGCAGUGCGCCGAAAACUAACUCGCCGACGCCAACAAACAGUGGCCCCAACAACAACAACAGCAGCAGCAAUAAUAACAAUAACAAUGCAACAAAUAAGACCAAAUCACAACAACAGCAACAGCAAUAUCAUCAAUUUCGUGCACCACAACAAUUUGUGCGCCAUCGUCGCGCCACCAUCCCCGUUACGUUGGUCAAUAAAAAAGGCAAAACAUGGAAUAAGCGUCAACAGCGUGGCGCGAAGCAGCUACAACAACAACUGCAACAGCAAAUGCUACAAAGUGGCAAUGCCGUCAUUGGCGUUGGAGAUGGGAUAUCGGUAGCGACUGGGGCGAGCGCCACUAGCAAGGCUGACCUCGAGAAUAUACAGAAUUUUAAGAAUCAACUUGGCGGCCAUCAUUAUUAUCAGCAUGGGGGUGGAGGUGGUGGUGGUGUCGGGGCUGGCGGAGGAGGAGGGCAUCGCGGCAUAGUUGGCGUGAACCCUGCCGGUGGCGGCAGUGGCGGGGGCGGGACUGGAACUGGUGCAUCGGGCAAUGGCUUACCUCCGGCCGCAUUAGCCAACCUAGAGAAACUGGGUUAUGGCCAUGGUCAUGUAAAAAUGCACAAAAAGCUGUUGGUUCAUAGGGGUCCGGGCAACCAUCAUCAUCACGUGCUUUGCGCCGGCUCGGCACAUAACACCAUCGGCGGCAAUGCAAACUCGAAUUGUUGUCUUGUGAAUGGCUGCAAUGGUGGCGGUGGUGGUCACCCUAAUGGAAAGGACACUGCGAACGGCAGCACAAAUAGCUCACAGUCUGGCAACACCGCCAACUCACUCCACUAUUGCUGUUCCAGAUCUAAAUUUUUUUUGCCAGAUAAACGCACUCGAAAGGAGGUCAUCAUACCGCCUACUAAAUUCUUACUUGGCGGCAAUAUUUCUGAUCCGCUGAACUUGAAUUCGCUACAAAACGAGAAUUCGAAUGCUUCGUCGAACAGCAAUACGCCAGCGACCACACCACGUCAGUCGCCGAUUACCACACCACCCAAAGUGGAGGUAAUCAUACCGCCCAACAUACAUGAUCCCCUGCAUUUGCUCGAUCCUGUCGAUUCCAUGGAGUAUGAGAAGCAGCUGACAUCACCAAUGAAGCGGAGCGGCCAACGUGGCGGGCACGCACAUCACCACAGCGCCAAACAUCGUCAUCGCAAGAAUCGCAAGAGCAAGCGACGCCGUCAUGAUUCAUAUCAAUCAUCCGUGGGCAGCGCGUCCAUUGGCGAUAGCGACAUGUCCGCGCUAGCCAACAGUACACUAACCACUGAUGCGGGCAGUAUUAAUUUAACUUCACUUUCAUUGUCCACAACGCUUUCGGUCGCUUCAUUAUUGGACAGUAGUGCCAAUUCCAGUGGGACAGUAGGGGAUGGUGUGAAGAGCAACUUGAACACCGAAGCUCAGUUGGUGAGCACGUGCGAGAAUGCGCCAGCUGAGUACCGUCAACAGCUGGAAGAGCGCGAAGAGAGCAAGUCGUUGGACUCAGCUGCAGUUGACAUGGCAUGCGUAGCUGAGGAACGCUUGGGCCAACGGAACAGUAAAAGCACAUCGCCAAUAAAACAGUUCGCCAACGUGGUAAACUCAACAUUCUCUGGCGCGUCUUUGGGUGCGGGCGAAGCGGUGCCAAGCAGUGGUGUGGGAGUGCUGGCAGCAAGUAUGGCCGCUGUUGCGACAACAGGGAGCGUUGUCACGGGGGCAGUGUGCGGCAGUGCGGGCGGCGCAGAGGCUCUCGCUAGCGCUAGUGCUGGUGGUUUGUUUUUGCCGCGCGAACGCGCCAAUCGAGAUUUGCGUUUGGAAUUGAAUGCGACAACGUUGUCGUCGUUGAGCGGCAGCACGUGCGGCAGCGGAAUAGGCAUUGGUGGCGGAAGGAAACGCAAGAUAAGCGAGAGCAAUAACUCGCAGAAAAACAAGAAAUUCCAUCGCGAUGCCAUGGAUAAGAUCGUCAGUCCGGUGGUGCCACAACCCGGUGCCUGGAAGCGACCGCCACGUCUUGCAGCCACAGGCGCACGAAAGCCCACGCGGCGCUCCACAUCAAUUAGCGAAACGGACGUGCUGAGUCCAGCAGACGAGGUCGCCAAGCCGCUGAUGAACGAAGCCGACUUAUUGCGCGUCGAAACGCCUGACUUCAGCAAGCUGGAAACAAUUUCGGAAGUGGGACUAGCUAGUCCGCUCAGCACCACAUCAGGCGCCACAUCGGUUGCCGCUGGUGAGCAGGAAUCACCGAUGGACACAAGCGCUGGUGAUACUUCGGCCACAAUGCCGACUGAUGAAUGCCCAGCAGCAGGCGAUGCUGCAAAAAGAGUCGCAGAUGUCCCAACCGCCUCCACUUCCAUUGCGCAGCUUACAAAAAUGCCGCAUUUCCGCGCCGAUGGCGUUAAGUAUCAGUAUGGCAACUACGACCGCUACGUAGGCUUGCGACAUCUCAAUGAGCUGGUGGAUGUGCGUCUGCAAGUAUUCCAGCGCCACUUGGAGCUCUUCAAGAAUAAAGACAUACUCGAUAUUGGUUGCAAUGUGGGCCAUAUGACCAUCACAGUGGCGCGUAAUUUUGCGCCCAAGUCUAUAUUAGGCAUUGAUAUCGAUAGGAAGUUGGUAGCGCGCGCACGACACAAUCUCGCCUUGUAUGUGCGCAUACCAACGGAGCCAGCGGUCAAGGCGCUAGAUGCGUCUGCAGGCAUUAAGAAGGAAGAAGAAAAGGGCGAAAUCAAAAACGAGAAAGUGGCAGCGAGCAGCGCAGCCGGUGAAAUAAAGACAGAAACUGUAUGCACAAAAGAUACUGCCAAUUCCGCUGGAGACAAAAUGGGCCCAGCAGCCGAUGCCAGCGUAAAUAAACCAAAAAAGACGCGGCGUCGCAAGAAGUCGAAACACCCAACACAGCAGUUUGGGCAGCAGCAACAGCAGCAGCAUGCACAACACCAACUACAGCAGCAACAACAACAACAUCAUCAUCAUCACCACCAUCACCACAUGCAUCACCACCACCACAACCAUUACCAUUACCAACAACAGCAGCAAGCAUUGCAUGUUCCUGCUACUGAUUUAUUCCCCGUGUCAUUUCCACUCACCUACGGCGUCAUACCAACGGGAAAAGCUACCGCCUCCCAUGCGACAGCGGAUGCUCAUUCGCCCAGUGCGUCUAUAAACACACCUGGCCAUGCGAGCAAUGCUACACCAGCCAGCGGGAGCGGUGGGGCAGCGAAUCGCAAGCGUAAAAACGAAUUUCCACGGAAUGUAUUCUUUCGCCAUCAGAAUUAUGUGUUGGAAGAUGAGGCACAGCUGGCAAACGACACGCAGCAAUAUGAUCUCAUACUUUGCUUGUCGGUAACAAAGUGGAUACACUUGAAUUUCGGUGAUGCUGGACUGAAGAUGACCUUCAAGCGCAUGUUUAAUCAACUGCGACCCGGUGGGAAGUUGAUAUUGGAAGCGCAAAAUUGGGCGAGCUACAAGAAGAAGAAAAAUCUAACGCCUCGAAUCUAUCACAACUACCGCAACAUUGAAUUCUUUCCCAACAAAUUCCACGAGUAUUUGCUUAGCUCUGAGGUCGGUUUCAGUCACAGCUAUACGCUGGGUGUGCCACGCCACUUAAGCAAAGGCUUUUGUCGUCCCAUACAGUUGUACGCCAAAGGCGAUUAUACACCAAAUCAUAUACGCUGGAGUGACGCAUACUACCCACAGACACCGUUCGAAGCUUAUCGUGGCAUUUACGCCACAAUGCCACCGCGUCCUGCGGGUCUAGCAUCGUAUGCCAUGUCAUCGACACGCAGCCAGGCAUAUGACACACCACACUACACGGGCGGCACCUCCGGCCCGUACAGCUGCCAUCAAACGCCCCAGCCCAUUUACAAUCCGUUGGAGACCGACUCGUAUUUACCCUCCUACGACAUAGGAUACCUAAACCACAUGUACGUGUUUGCCUCGCCCCUCUACCAAACCAUUUGGUCACCACCCGCUAGCUUGCGUAACAGCUCCUCGCACACACCCGUCUUUGGGAGUGUGCGAGAGGCCGAAUUGGAUGGCGAUGGUGGUGGUAGUGGCGGUGGUGGCAGUUACCAUCGACACGUGUACCCACCCAACGAGGACACAUCAUCGCCUAAUGCAAAUGCAGGCGGUGCGUUCAGUUCAAUACGCGAUGCAGAUACCGAUGAUUCGAAUCAGUUGCCUGCUGGUGGUAUGCAACAUGUGUAUGCGACCAACUGUGGUGAGAGCUCAUCGUCGCCGCAGGUGCAACAUAACAAUGACUCCGAUGCAUUGGUUGAGGAUGCACUAUUGUUGGACGAUGAGCAGCACGUGGGACAGGGACAAGGUCAGGCGGUGGUAGCGGGAGGCGGUACUGUUGCGAAUGUCACUGGCACUGGCAAUGGCGAGCUGCAUGUGGCGAGUGGUGCUGUGGGCCAAGAAGGCGGUCAGCAUUACUGUGAUUUAAAUGAUGCUUAAGUAGUUUUGAGUUUUCUUUCUUUGUUUUCGGAGCGACGAAUUUCUAGAAAUGUGUGUAGAGUUUUUGAAUGCGGGUGUUUUGUGUGGAGCGAACAAACACGCUAAAGACGCUUAUGAAAACCAUUAAAAUAUAAGAAGAUACAUAAUAUUGGAAGACUAAAUCGAUAGAAGCCGAAGCUAAAAAUUUUGAAAGUUGUAGAGGUUUAAACUUUUUUUUAUUGUGCUGUAGCGCUUUAGCUUUUUGAGUAUAGUUAAAAUAAUAUACAAAGAUUUUUUUAUUUAAUUUACAAAAAAGAAAAAACGCACACCACAGCUGGCGCUAAAUAUUGUUUUUGGCAAAUUGUGUACAGGCUUUAAAUGUGGCAAAAAAUGCUGGUAAAUUAAGCGCGCACGUUUUUAUUUCACGGUGUGAAGGAGGCAAAGCGCCUAGCUAUUGUGGAAGAAAAUGUCUAUUCUUUCGUUUCUAUUAUUGGAAAAUAUUUUUUUUUGUUUUGUAUGGAACGAAAAAGACGUGCAAGUGCUUAUCUUGAGCGUUCUAAUCUAAAAUUGUUAACUGUUUGAUAGAGUUGAUUUUUAAAUUUUUUAAAUAAGCCAUUUUUCAAAAUUUAAAGCUUUGAUUUGUUACAUUGAACAUUUUUUCCUAUACAUUUUUAAUGGGGUUUUCAGUAAGAGCGCUUCAACUUUUGAACUUUUUUGAAUAAAACACAAACGGUUUGACUUUUUUAACUAAUUUCUUUUUUAUUAUCGAGUUUGAACAUAUACAUUUAAGUAUGAAAUUCGAUUUCUUUUGCAUGACCACCGCGUGCACGUUUUACGAAGUCCAAUCGUUGAACCCAAUUUUCGACCACUCUUUUGCAUAAAUCGGCUGAAAUUCCAGCAAUUUCGCGUUCAAUAUUGGCUCUGAGCUCACAAAUCGUCGCCGGCUUGUUACUGUAGACCAAUGACUUCACAUAACCCCAAAACGGGACGGCUUGUUAAAUGGACCGUAAAAUGGCCGUAAUGCUCUUAAAGUAGCAGCAACAGAACGAUUUUUUUCAUAAAAAAUUUGCACGAUUUGCAAUCGUUGCUCAAGUGUGUAGCGUUCCAUGAUGAAAUGUAUACUAAUGAAGUUUACAAAUGACAAGCGAAAAAUAAAAAAUAUUGCGCCGUUCGCCCUCCCUAUCGGAAAAAAGUUGAAGCGCACCAAUUGAAUAAAACUAUAUUAUUUUGUUUUAAAUUUUAUGAGCUAAUUAAUAAUUCAAGCAAAUAUUUAAAAAUAUAGUAAUUUUUAUGGCGGUCGUCAUAAUAGAAUGUGCUUGCGCGUGAUUCCCACUCAGUGAGGUCAGUUCGAAACCCACUGCCAGAUUAAAAAGUCAAAUAUUAAAAACAUUUUUUGUUCUAAUAGCGGUCGCUCCUCCGCUUUAAAAAGCCAGUUGACGGGCGCGCACAUCCUUUCUGAGGGUCGAUCGCUAUUAGAAAAAUCUUUUUCUUCAUUUUGGUGUUUCACCGAGAUUCGAACCUACGUUUUAUCUGAAUUCCGAAUGGUAGUCACGCACCAACCCAUCCGGCUAUGGUGGCCGUCAGUUGCCGUUUGUAGUCGGCUUAAAACUGUAGGUGCCGUCAUUUGCGCAACAACUGCAAGGCGCGCGGCACAAAUUGGAGCAGAAGCUUGGUCAAUCACUCACUAAAGGGUGUAGGCGCUAAUUAGAUAUGUAUACAAGGGUCGUUUAAAAAGUUCGAGCAAAAAUAAAAUUCUCUUAAUUGCUUGGGGUGAACCGAUACGCGACAGUAGUGCCAUCUCUCUGACUGUGCAUCCUCGUACAAAAUACCCUCGAGUAAAAAUAAUUUCUACUGCAAUUUCAUAUAUUCGCUGGGGGAAAAAAUAAUUUUUACUUCAUCGUCUUCAUGCCUCAAGACCGCUGGUAAUAUUUACGAUUUUUUGUACCAAAUAUUUUUUUCCAGUACACGCCCACUACACUAAGCUCUACAUAUUAGAUAUAUUUUACCAUUUGUGAGCCAAAUACAAAAGGAAUAAAAAAGAAGAAAAAAACGGAAAUUUAAUAAAAAAGCAAAAAUUAUUCAAAAUUAGUAUUAGUUAGUUUUGGUAAAAAACAAAAAAAUGUUUACUAGUGUUGAUUUAAAUUAGUUGAUAUUUUAUAAUCUACUUGCAUAUGCAUAUAUAUGUACAUAUGAAUCCUUUACAGUAGGUGUAGGCAUACGAUUUUUCAACUUAUUGGCAGUGUGUCUGGAGCUGCAUAGAAAGUUAAGAGAAGAUAAGGAAGAAUUUAUUAAGGAUGCGCGUACCCCUUAAAAUAAACAAAAAUUAAAGCGUUUAAUAUUUUGUGAAAAUGUUUAAAAUUUGUUGUAAUGGUUAUACUUUUUUUUAAAUUAUUACUCUAUAUUAACGGCCCCACUACUUCCCUGCCACAGCGCCACACACAAAAACUUCACCCGCCAGUUGUGCUUGUCUGCAUUCGAAAAACAUUAGAAUAUUCACUAUUUUUAGCAUAAAUAUAUAAACUUAGCAUUAAACUCACCAUAUAUGUUAUCAAUUAUAGUCUUAAUUAUUUAUAAAAAAAUGUUUAUAUACACACACACAUAUAUAUACGAGAUAAAUAUUUGUACGUUUUAUUUUAGUGUACACUAUUCGCAUAUUUAUAUACCGCAAAAAAACCAGAAAAAAAGAAAUAAAAACUUACUUGCAUAUACGUAAACAUAUUUAACAGGUAUUUGUAGCUGUUAAAAGAAUAAGAAAAAAAAUAUAUAUAUACAUACAAACUUGAAAAAUAUAUUUGCCAAUCACCCGUAAGCGGCCCAGGCGCAUAAAAAUUGAAGGCGCGCCUUAAUUGUAACAUUUUGUAAAAGUCAACGCUUUGUAGUUAAAUUUUUUCUCCCUAAACACUGAGCAGCACAAGCGAAACUUGCAGCCGAAACGUUUAACUGCCUUGACGCACUUUCAAUGUGGCACAAUUAAAGCGUUACUUCUGUGCGCGCGGGCACGUAACAAACUUAUGCGAAAAGUAACAAAAACAAGGAAAUAUUAAGCUUAAACAUACAUACACACACACACACAUACAUGUCUAAUUAAGCUUUUAGAAGAAAAAAAAAAACAACAAAGAAAA